AUGGCCGACCAUGAGCACCAGGUAUACGAGCUCACUGCAGCUUCGUCUGCCUCUGCAACGGAACACGACACGAUGCCGCCGGAUGAGCUGGAGGAGACAUGCGCUGUGGAUGCGCGGUUGCAUAAGAGGACGUUGAGGAAACUGGACUGUUUACUAUUGCCGUUUCUGGCGCUGCUGUUCCUGUUUAAUGCGCUGGAUAAGUCGAAUAUCGGAAAUGCAGAGUCUGCGCAUUUUACGGCGGAUAUCGGACUGGAUAAGGGUGCGUUGAAUACGGCUGUUGCGCUGUUCUUCGCUUUCUUCGUUGCGCUGCAGCCGCUUGGAGCGGCGCUGGGGAGGAGAUAUGGCAUGGUGCUUUGGGUGCCGAGUUGUAUGCUUCUUUGGGGUGUCUGCACGGCGCUGCAUGCGUGGGUGAGGCAUAGGUGGCAGCUGUAUACGCUGCGCAUUCUCAUCGGGUGCCUUGAAGCUGGCUUCUAUCCAGUCACCGUCACCUACCUCUCCCUCUUUUACACGCGCUUCGAAUUUGGCAGACGGCUCUCCUUCUUCUACGGUCAGGCGGCAGUCGGUGGUGCGCUUGGGGGCCUAAUAAGCUAUCUCGUCUUUUCGCAUUUCGGCAAUGACGACGGAGGCUCGGAUAAAGAUUGGAAACCGUGGCAGGUGCUCUUCCUACUGGAGGGCACUCUCACUAUCGUGGUGGCAUUCAUCGGAUACUUCUGGCUACCACACAGCGUGGAGACGGCAUGGUUCCUCACACCUGAAGAGCGUCGAUAUGCGUCUUCGCGUGUGGUGAGAGACAGAGACAUACAGAACGCGCCGGCAGCAGUCCAAGAAGAUGAUCGAGAAGCGGAAGAAACUUACGAUGAGGAGUCGCGCGGUCUUCUCGACUCAUCCAAGCACUCGAUCACCUCAGCCACGCCGUCGCGACAGCUGGUCGACGAUCGUGGUCUAAGCCCUCACGACGUCCUUUCAUCAGUGUUCAACACGAAGAUAUGGCACAUCCUCGCCUGUAACGUUCUAUCUGCCAUCCCAGUCUAUGCCUUCUCCGUUUUCCUCCCGCUUGUACUGGCACCGUUGACGAAGAAGGCGAAUCCUGCGCUCAUCAACUUGCUCACUGCACCACCACACAUCUGCGGAGCCAUAGUACUGUAUUUCGCAGCUAGCUACAGCGACAAACAUCGCAUACGCCUCAAGCCUAUACUGCUUGGCCUAUUCAUUAUGGUAGCCGGCUUGGUAAUCGUGGUGCUGUUGCCAUCCUCAUGGGCAAUACCCCGCUACAUCGCUCUCAACAUCCUCCUCUCGGGUACCUAUGUCGCAUCUCCCCUCACAGUGGCCUGGAUUUCUGGCAACACGCCGUCACCUGGCAAGCGCGCAUUGCUCCUCGGUAUCAACGGUUGGGGCAACCUCGCUGGAGUCAUCUCAGCAAUUUUGUUUCGCCCAAAGUACGCUGCGGGUGGCUACAUUGUCCCGUUCUGGUGGACACUUGCAUCUGUCGCGUUAGCUGCUCUGGGUUACGUGCUUUUCCUUCGACGCUUAAAGGCUGAGAACAAAACGCGACAAGACAUGUUACGCAAAUGGAGCGAAGACGACGUCGAGGCCGAAAGGCUUCAUGGCAGGGGUCCGGUACCGCAGCAACAACGGUGGCUUAGACAAGCCAUCAACGUGAUGCGGCCGCAUGCGAAACUUGCAUGGCUAGCGGAUUGGCUCGAGAAGGCUGCGCGGUCUGGCAGGGAGGGCGACGAUAGGCUUACAUUCGUCUACGGAUUAUGA